AUGGGUAGGAUUAGAGCAAAGGGAAAGAAGCUGGCUGUCAUUAACCAAGAUGAUCCAGGAAGUGCUGAGGAAGAAAAAACUCGUGCACAGAAGAGAAGGGGGAGGCCUCAGAAAUCACUUAUCGAUGACAUAGACGAAGAAGAAGCUGAGAAUAUAGAAAAUGAAGAGAGUGAGGACACAACAAAUAAUGUAUUGGGCAAUGAAACAAAAAGUUCGACUGCAUCACAGUAUAGGAAGAAAAGAAAACGAAAUUCUCAGGUGAAGGAGAAAGUUGAUUCCGUGAAAGAGAAAAAUGGAAAUGGAACCACAUCGAGCACGGAGGAGUCGAACAAAUCGAAUGGAUUUCGUCGCAAUGGGAAUAGACGAAAAAACAAACCUUGUCGAGCUCCUGAAGCAGGUGUUGAUUACAACUGA